AUGGCCACCACAGCUCCCCAAUCACUUCCUCCACAACCAUCGCCACUCUCGCGAACCUCGACACCAGCACGCUUUCGUUUCAACAGACACUUCCUUAGUAAAUGGAAAGCUAUUGUUUCCUCUAUAACUACAACUAAACGAAAGGACAGACCUGCCAGGGAGAAAUUCAGUAACGAUACUGUCUACAUUCCCAAACGUCUUUCAACACAGUCAGACUCUUCGAAAUCAUCAGAACAAGGACCGACCCAUAUUGAAUAUUCGACACCAUUAACGAUAGGGCAGUCAAAGGUAGCUCCGAGUAGCAAUAUGCUCCCUCAUGCUGAGGAUACCGGUGAGCCGGUGAUGCGCGGAGAAAAGAUCCAUGAAAUCCCCCAUGUUGAUCUCUUAACCUGGUUGUUUGGAAACAGCGAAUACGACCAUAACGGGACUAUAUAUGUCGAUGCCUUGCACCCGGAGCGUUCGAUGACUGCCCUUGAAGUGGAGUGUAAGGUCAAAUCUUUGAUUGGUGGGCUUCGCAGCAUUGGAGUCAAACCCGGACAUGCAGUUUGCAUCCAUUCAUUUAACGAUAUUAUGUACCCAGUCUUGUUUCUGGCUAUAAUUGGCUGCGGUGCUGUGUUUGUCGGCACGAAUCCCGGAUACACUGCCUUUGAACUAGAGCACCAUUUCAGGAUUUCUUGCACUGAUUUCAUCUUUGUUCAGCCAAGUCUCCUAAAGAACGUUAAGGAAGCGGUUCAACGUACCAUGAUCCAAAGCGACAAGAUCUUUGCCUUUGAUACUGAAGGGCAGCAACUCAAGAAAGAGGACGGACUCCGUUCGUUCAAAGAGUUGCUGGAACACGAAGAGGAGGAUUGGGUAAAGUUCAAUGAUAAGAAAACCGCCAAGUCUACCCUGAUGGGUUUCUUUGCAAGCUCUGGAACGACUGGAUUGCCAAAGGUCAUUGCUAUCUCACACUAUGCCUGGGUAGCUGGUAGUGUGAUUCUCCGGGAGCCAUUGGAGAGGCCAUAUGAGGUGAAACGUUUGAUGUGCCUUCCAUCCUUCCACGGAUUCGCAGCACCGUUGACGAUUGGGGUUCCGCUCCGUCUUGGGCAAACCACAUAUAUCCUUCCCCGGUUCGAUCUUGGCGCAUUCACCAAUGCCUCUGCCAAGUAUGAGAUCAAUGAAACAGCCGUUGCUCCUCCAGUGCUCCAGGCAUUCUUGAAGUCAUCACCAGAGAUACAAAACAAGCUUAAGACCAUCAAGCGAAUUUGGUGUGGCGGUGCUCCCUUGAACGUUAAGUUACAAACAGAGGCUCGCACUUGCUUUGCUGAUGAUGCUGAAAUCGUUAACAUCUGGGGCAUGACCGAGAUCGGCAUCACUGUUGGAAUGAAUUAUGACGAUGUUGAUCGUACUGGCGCUGCUAGCAAGCUUCUGGCCAAUACUGAAGCUAGGAUCGUUAACGAGCUGGGAGUCAACGUGACCCAUACCGGUGAGCAAGGGGAAGUCCAGAUCCGAACUCCACAGUGUUGUUCGGGCUACUGGGGUAACAUAACUGCUACAAGAGAACUUAUUAUACGAGAUCGAUGGGUUCGCACUGGUGAUGUCGCUUAUUUCAAAGACGGCAAGCUUUACAUCAUGGACAGAAAGAAGGAAAUGAUUAAGGUCCGUGGUUGGCAGGUUGCUCCUGCUGAGUUAGAGGCGAUCCUCAUAACUCACCCACUUAUCAAGGAUGCCGCAGUUAUCGGUAUCAAAGUUGGUUCGGAAAAUGAUGAGCACGAGGUCCCAAGGGCCUAUGUCGUUCCUACCGAGGUUGGGGCGAUUACAGAGACCGAAGUCAAAGAGUUUAUACUAUCCAAACUUUCCAAGUACAAGGCUUUAGAUGGAGGUGUUUACUUUGUGGAGGCGAUUCCAAAGUCCCCGGCUGGUAAGAUCUUGAAGAAGAUCAUUCGUGCUGAAUGGCUCUCCAAAGGAGAUCAGAAGCCAAUGGCCUAA